AUGAACAAUUGUUUUAUCCACAGAGCCUUUGAUGAUGUCGAGUGUGACGGAACAGUUAAACUGAAAAAAGACUAUUCAUUGGCCUUUACUCAUGCAAGGAAGACAACCGGUGACCGCCCAAAAACCAUUGCCGUACUUAAGACUGGAAAACGUGCGCUCGGGAAGAGUGCUGGGGGUCUAUGGAAAGCAUGUACGGGAAAAAGUAUCAGGGAGGAGAAAUGCUGCGUUUACAACUGCACUAACCCAAAAUGUAAUCCGAAUCUUGAUAAAGCUCAAAAAGCAGGCGCCACAGCCCAUGUGUACGGCAGGUUUCAGUCCGAACAUAUCAAGUACAUGAUCCUCCUGCCUACUUGCAGUAAAUGCAAUAAUUGGAAGCAAUGUGCAAAAACCCUCACCAAUCACCCAGUGGAAGGCGAGGAGCCGGCGAAAACCUUGUACACAGUGCCUGGCGCACAACUGAUGUUCAUUGAAAUCUCACCUGCAACAGCUUCUGGUAAAGGGGCAGCUGGAAAGGGUGCAGGAGAUGGUGGUGAUUUUGAAGUCGUCGGUGAACCAGAUGACGAAGAAGGAUCUGAAAUGGAGGAUGAUGAGGAAGGAGAAGAAGGUGCGGACGUAGGACCGCCAGAAGGUGCUCAGGUAAUCGGAGCGCCGAAAUGA